AUGCCUCUCCAACAGACUGUCACCAUUCUGAACAACUCAAACAAGAUUAUUGGCACGGGUAAAACUCUCCUCUCAGUCUUCAAGGAAGCGCAAGAGGCCUACAAGGACAAGAGGUCGCAGGUCAAAUCGGAUCGGGCGCUCACCCGCGCGGCAACCUUUGACCAAAACGUCAACCAAAGCACCCGAAGCCUUCACCGCCGCCACCAUCACCAUGACUAUGCAGAGGAGGAGGAUGACGACCACCAUUAUACAUACCACGAGGAACGCAGCCACCGAGGUCAUGACGCACGAAGCGAGGCAAGCUCCAGGAGAACCAGCCGCCGGUCGAGGAGCGUAGUCUCCAAGCGCACACACCGCCGUGAAGACGAGGAGAGCCAGUAUGGCGGUAGCACCACAAGCCGAGGGUCAGCUCUGACAGAGAAAAACCUCAAGGCCAUGACCCAGGUCUCUGCCACAGCACCCAGCAGGCCACCUCCCUCGACCUACCAGCGGCCCUACGCCGAGACCAUGGCAUUGUCCAAGAUGGACGUGACAAACGCGCAGAUGCGCGACCUCGCAGUAUCAGAACGCAGGCCGCCACCGACUGCUCUUACUCGACGGGCAUCAUGUCAAGAGGUCGGUAGCCAUAGCCUAUAUGAUCAAGACCGCCAGUUGAUCCGGGCUCCCCCCAAGGAGAUUGACAUGAAUCUCGCUUAUGGUGAGCUCCCGCCUGACCUUCAUGAACGUUAUGAUCUCGAUCCGGUUUAUGGAGAUGAGUAUCAAGCAAAGGCUCUGACCAAGAGGGUCGAGGGCCUUCUGGUCGAAGCCGACUGCCUGAAAUACUCGGCUGUAAAAACCAUCGAACACCUGCAGACGAACCCAGAUGCAGCUGCGGCGGUGGCAUGCACGCUUGCCGAGCUUUCCAAGGUUGUUAAGAAGGCUUCCCCGGCGGUUCUUGCUAUGCUCAAGGGCGGUUCCCCGGCCGUCUGGGGUCUAUUGGCCUCGCCGCAGUUCAUGAUUGGUACCGGCGCCGUCGUGGGCCUGACCGUCAUUAUGUUUGGUGGCUGGAAGAUCGUGAAGAGGGUGAAGGAGCAAGCUGCCGCUAGGGAGGCGAUGGCAUACGAGGGUGUGCCCAUGGAUCGCCCUGCGCCUAUGAGGACGCAGAGUGAAUACAGUUUUGGUGUGGACGAAGCUCUUAUUGUAGAUGACGAGCUGAGCUCUAUCGAGACGUGGAUGCGGGGUGUUCCCGCUUACGGCGAUGACGAGAGCGCCGAUCUAGAGCUGAUUACUCCGACAGCCGUUGCGUCAAAGUCGAUGAAGGACGAUGACUUCGAUGUCCGGUCCCGACGAAGUACACGAACGACUGGGACCACCAAGACCGCCAAGACAAGCAAGACAAGCAAGACCUCAAGGUCGAGGCGCGAGGAUGACUCUGACCGCAGAAGUACCAGGCAUCACACAGCCGAAAGUGUCGCUGGCAGCGAGCGUAGCAGCAAGACGUCCAGCACCAGAAGACAACGAUCUACUCCCAGGCUCAUUGAGGAUGGGCGCAGCCAAAGAGGCGACGACGAUCUUGAUUUCCGGCCCAAGAUCCACAGACAGGGCAGCAAUAUGCUCAAAGCCUUGUUCAAGGACAAGAACAGAAGCGAGGUCCACGUGUGA